GCAUUACAGAGCGAUCCGUUUCAUCUGUAGACACAAGCGGCGAAAAUCUACCUUGCAUUUGAGCUAGGUCACUCAGGUGGCGAACUAGUUCGGGGUAGCGGGUGUGCUGCUUACGCACACGAAACGAAACAGAUUUCAGAAAUACAGCCAGUUCGCGCGAACUCGAGUGACUUCCGAGUUUCUCCAUCACAAUGCUAAAUUACGGUGAGGGUCCGGCACCGGUCGUCCCGACAUCGGCUAUCCGAAGAAGACCUGGUGCUGGAGAUCGAUUCACAUGCUCUCAACAAUCGGUGUUAAGUGCGAUUGAUCGAUUUGUGAAAGCCGUCAAUAACAUGGAUGCUACUGUUUUGGUGCCCUCUCGCCUCAAGGAUAUGGAAGUGCAAAAUCGAAGAAAGACCCAACCUCCACCUCCAGGAAUCCAAUAUCAAGAUUUAUACAGUUUCUAUACUAUGUUGAAAGAUGUGAAAACCGAGUUGCUUUGGGGUCCCUCGUCUAUGAAUGCAACUCUCUUCCCUGUUGCAGGGUCUCUCAGUGGAAUGUCCAGUCCUCGGAGAUCAACUUUAGGAAUGAUGAUGCCACCAGGGAUGACCACAGGAAUGACCACACCCAGGCAAUCAUCCGAUGACGGAUUAGGAAGCAGCAUGGGCUGUUCCUCUGAUCAGGAUACAGACAGUGAUUUUGAGAGCAUUAUGACAGACCGUGAAAGCAUGAUUAUUGAGCAAACUUCGCAUCUUGCCACAGCCUUCCGCCAUCAUCUCCAUGGACUUCAUGCAAUCUUGCAUCAGUUAGCUGAUUCCGCGGAUUAUUUAUCUAGUCGGUAUCAAGAAGAAAUCGAGUCACCGAUGGUAUAGUCUUUUCAGACGAAUCUUCGCCAGGGAAAAACUUUGGAAACAAUGCUGCGCAUCAAAACACUGUUUUUCUCAGAUACAUUAACAUUCCAUCUGGGGAAAAUAUCAUUGCUCAAAGAAAGCCUAAAUCAUUUCUUAGGUUUUUCACGUCAUUUAUUUUGUACCUGGUCGUGGGUUCCGAGUGACUCAAUCGGACUAGUUUUGCUUCACUUAAUAAGUGACACAUAUAAGAUAAAAAUGGUGAAAAUAUCUUUUUUUUCAAUUAAUAUUAUUGAUGUUAUCUGCAAGUACAAUAUUUAAUUAAAUCAUUGAGAGCUUUUUUCGAUAAUUGUGGUGAAAAAUGUGCCAGUGCGUUUCAAAAUAGGCUUGUAUCAAGAUGAACCAAUGUAAAAAUAUGGAUGCAUAUUUAUAUUUAAAUGCCAUAAGAAAAUGCCAUUUAUUAUGACAAUUAUCUGCAGCUUGUAAUGUUCUGUUUAAAAUAUUUUGAUUCAUAAAAAGGUAAAUGACAUUUCUUUCAUUCAAGAAGUUCCCCCUAAAAUUAAAAUGUGUAUUAUAGUUUCCUGAAAUCUAACAAAAUGCUUUCAUAUUUUAAGGUUUACGAUGAGCUUCACUUCAGAGUUAAAUCUCCAUAGAAAAAAAAUUUUCUUCGCUUUUCUUUGGUAGACAGAUAUUUAAUAUAAUAGUGGUAGUCCUAAUAUUUAGUGUACUCCCAAUUUAAAUUAAAAAUAAUUCCCAUCUUUUGAUUGAUUUAAUAAUAAGAAUUUUUAAAAAAAAUUCUUAUUAUUAAAAAUUUUAAAUUUAAAUUAAGAUGACAAACUAUUCCAGGAUAUGAGAUAAUAAUCUAUAUAAAAAUGUUUAUUAAUUUUAAGCAAAUUUUUACUGAAGAUUAUGCCAAUAUAAUUAAGUUAUUAAAAAUUUACAGUUUUAUAGUUCCUACUAUCUUUGAAGGUUAUUUAAAUAUUUUUUCCCUCACCAAAUCUUUCAAAUUUUAAAAAUCCUAUAUAAAUAUGAACACUUAUAAGUCCAUUUUUUUCAUGUUUUUACUAUUUGUGCAUUGGCACUUUAGCCACAAAGAUACUCAUAGAAUCAAAUGAAAAUGAGAAUUUUUAUUCGAGUGAACGUUUUUCUACAAACGAAGUUUAUUUCAGCAGUGCCUUUCCUGAAAUUUACAGCAAUGGAAGAUAAAUUAUUGUGCCUAUUUUUAGAACUAGUCUCAAGUUUCAAGCCAAACGUGAGUGAUGUUUUUGUUUUGAGUUUUGAGGAAUUCAAAAAGUAAUUAUUUUUAUUUUUCUUUAAUAAUGUGGUGAGUUCCUGUCUAUGGAUUUUAAUUAUAUUUCUGAAUGGAUUAUGCAAGAGUGAAAGGAGCUACGCAUAUUUUUUUAUAUCUGUUUCUGCAAUAGACUUUCUGGAAAAGAAUUCGUGUAACCUGCAGAUAAAUUUCUUAUGCAAUGAAGCACCAUUUCAAGAAGGAAAUCAGUGGAUAUGGAUUUUUUAGGAGCUUUUUCUGAUGUACUUUUCAUCGCAAGAGGAAAUAAAUAUUCUUGUUGAAGAAGCUGAUAAUUGCAACGUGGAUUGCUGGGAAAAUAAAUUGCGAUUAAAUCACCAAGGAAGAUUAGUGUACAAUCCAAUGGCAUCAGCUCUUCUUUAAUAAUAUCAAAGAAUGUUAAAAAGAACAGUAAAAUCUUGUUUUGUUCAUUACUAGGCUAAGUAUUUAGGCUAGUAAUAUGCCAACUGGAAAACAUUCACAGACGGAAGUAAUAUUUUUUAUUUUCUCGUUGAUAUUUGAUUUGUUUUCAAUUGCAAAUAAGUUGAGAUACGGGUUUCUAUCGUUUUCCUGUGGGUUAUGUUUAAAAAUUUUUCUUGUUAAGUCUUAUUUCUCUGUCAUCUGCUGCUUGUUGAUUUCUGUUUAUGUUGAUGUGUGCUUUCGCUGCUUGUUAUCUUGGAAAUUUAGAAAUGAAUUAAGGACAUAACUUAGUCGGUAGCUAACUCUUGAAUGAAAUUUUUAAAAAAAUGUUUUUUUUGUUCUAGUUUUAUUAUGCAUUGAAACGCUUUAAUAUAUUUGAAACAUUUCCUAUAUUAUUCCUAUUUUUUAUAAUUUUUUUAUCUUUCUCUAUAAUGAAGAAAACAGGAAGUAGAGCCAAAUGUAUGAAAAAAUUGGUUAAUUGUUAUGGGUUUUCAGUUAAUAAGUUUUCCUUAAUGUACUAAAAACACGUUACCAAAAUUUUUGAACUUCACUUUUAUUAUUCUCUAUAGCAUUGUAAACGAAAUUUCUAAUGAGUAAAAAGUGUAAACAACAAAGGCAUAAUAAAAUAUACUAAAAUGUUCGUUUUUUUGGAUAUUUCAUACAUUAAACAGAAAUUUGAAUAAUAUAGAGAAAAAGAGAAAAUAUUUAAAAUAACACUUUCAUGAUGACGAAAUUAUGUUUUCAAAAAUAAAGUGAUUGUUGUACAGGAGGAAUAUAAAUUUAGCAUCAUAUUUAUUGGAGAAAUAUGAACAGAUGUUUCAUUUUAAGAAACAUCUAUUCGUUAUUUCUUCAUUAUUCGUUAUUUAUCUAUUCUUUAAAUAUCUCGUUUUAUGGCAUACUUUGCGCCAAAAAUCAUGUCUCAACAUGUUUUUAGUUGGGGAGGUGAGAUAAUCUGAGCUUAUCAUAUUCAAAUAAGAAUUGAGAAGUUCAUUUUAAAAAGUUUUAUUAUAAAUCUUUAAUAUUAGUAAUUUUGGAUCGAAGAUUAAUUCUUCAUUAAAUUUUCUCAAUAAUUUUUAUCGCAAAGGCCAAUAGAUUGUGUGCAUUUUUAGAAAGUUUGCAUUAAAGAAGUGGGUCAUUCAUCUCUCCCUUAACUCGACCGUACGUAAAAAUUUUAAUACAACACUAAAAUUUGUACUCAAAAAAUACUCUAUUUAUUUAUCAUUUCCUAAAAUCAAUACAUUAUAAUAUGUACUGUAACUGCAAACAAAAAGGAACAGAAAUUUAUAAUAUAACAAUGAAUAACAGUAACAUAUUUUGAAAAUAAAAAUGCAAUUAAAAUCGCUUGGCCCAAGAGAAUGUGAAGUUGCAGCGGAAGUACACACAAAUUAAAAAUAAUCGUUAUUUCCAUUAUUAGUAUGUUAUGGUCUGUGUUAUAUAGUCUGAAAUAAACGGAAUUUGAUACGCAGCAGAAUUUGUCGUUUUCCUGUCCUCAUGCUGAUUUUUAUAUCUAUUAUAUUUUUGUGUGCGUUCCAAAUAGUGUGGUGAUUGAAUGGAACUUGAAACAUCUGUCAGUAACCUGUUAUGUUAUUGUAGAUAUAUAAAAAAAAAUCCAGUGCCUGAAUUUAUUUACGUAUAAAUUGUGUAAAUAUGUACAUAUUGUUAUUGUACAAUAAUUAUUGUAUGUAUAGGUCCAGUAAAUUUUAUAUUAAAGUAUUUUUAUUGAAA